GCGCAUGCUAAGAAGGCCGCAUUCGUUUGGUCCUUGCGGCUUGCCGUCGAUGGAAGAGGCGAGUGGAGCGGCGGUUGGGGAGUCGUCGAAAGCCAUGGCGGCCGCUGAGGAGGAGAGCGACGCCUUCGAUGCUAUCGUCAUGGCAGAGACGAGAUUUCAUGGUGAAGGUUAUCAAGAUGGUUAUGCUGAAGGAGUCCAUGCUGGUGCUGUUGAAGGAAGGCAACAUGGACUACAGCAGGGUGCCAGAAUUGGCUCAGAAAUAGGGUCAUACCUUGGUUUUGCACUGACGUGGCAACAGUUGCUUCAGAAAACAUCAGAUGAAAAAUGCAGUAAAAAGUUAAAAGUCCUGGAGCAGUUAAUAGAGAUGAUUCAAAAUUUUCCUUUGGAAGAUCCAGUUUAUGACAAACUUCAAGAUGACUUGGAGAAAAUUAGGGGACGGUUUAAACAAAUUUGCUCAUUAUUGCACAUUCCAUCUGAUUUAAGACUUGGUUCUGAGAGUAUGUCAUUUUCAUUUUGAAAGCAACAUAAAAAGAAAAUUGCUGUUGGAUAUAAAAAAUGGUUACAUCUCACAUAGAGUGAUCACCUUUUCUUUUCUGUCCACUGAGCAGAAAACUACAAAGAUAAAGCUAAUAACUUGAUUUUAUUGUACUUGAAUUGUAUCACUGUGUCAUUGUUUCAGUUUUCACAUUCAAGCUCAACAGUGGCUUCAGCCUGUUGGUUAACAUACUGUUCCAGAAAUUAAUAUUACACAUGAGUAGAGAAGAAAAUUGGUCUAUGGAACAUCAUAUAAAUAGUGUUAAUUUUUUUUCUUCAAUUGUGUCCGAUUCUUGGAGACAGGCUGGAAAAAUCCCUGCAGUUUUCUUGGCAAGAAUUUUUCAGAAAUGAUUUCCCCUUGCCUACUUCCUAAGGCUGAGAAAAGUGGCUAGCUCAAGGUCAUCCAGCUGGUUUUGUGCCCAAGAUGGGACUAGAUCUCAUGGUCUUCUGAUUUUUAACCUGAAGCCUUAACCAUUAUACCAGUCUGACACAUUAAUAACCUAUUGCCACCAUUUAUAUUGAAAAGAUGACAGCAAGUAGUCCUCGACUUACAAUCACAAUUGCCUGGAACUUCUGUCACUAAGAUAUAUUUUUAAAAUGAUGAGCACCUUAUUUUAUGAUAUUUUUUUGCUACAGUCAAUAAGUAAAUCAGUGGUUAAAUGAAUCCAUCUUUCCCCAUUGACUUUGCUUAUGGGAAGUAGAUUGGAAAGAUUGCAAAUAGCAGUUGUGACCUGCUGUUAUAAGUACAUGCUGGUUGCCAAACACCCUACUUUAGAUCAUAUGACUGGGAAUGCUGCAGUGGUUGUAUAUAACCUUUUUCAGUGCUGCUGUAACAUCAGACAGUCAUCAAAUGAAUGGUUGAAAGAUGAGGAUUACCCAUAAAGCAUCUUAAGGAUUUUAAGUAGAUUUUGUAAACACGGAAGAGUGCCUUCCUAAAAUUGACAUUCUGUAAGAAGUGAGUACAAUACAUAUUUAACUAUAUUAGUGCAAAACCACAAAUUUGAAACAUGUCAAUGUAUCUGUAGUUUUACAAGUGUAUCUCAGAUGAGAUGUGUGCUUUGUAAAUUAAUUUUGGAGGCUCCCAAAUAAACUUUCUGUCAGUAGCUUUCAGUAGUAAUCACCAUUACUAUUAUGAAAGUGCUAAGGUAUAUUCUGAAAAUAAACUUUAUUUGGAAGAAACACCAAUGAAGACCAGUAGAGAUUUUUGUAGCUUGCAGAAAGUGUCUUUGGAGGCCAAUCUGGCACUCUCUUGCUGCACAUUUUAUAAAUAAUUUUAAUAGACAAUUAAGGUAAAAUUCAUUUGGCUUGUGGGCAUGUUCUAUUAUGUCCUGUUUAUCUCUUAUUAUUUUCCUAUCUUUUGGCAGUUUAGAGGAAAUAUGUGGCAAACUUGACUCUGCCAGUCCAAAUAUAGACUGUUGUAUGAGUUUGUUUCUUUUAUGCCAUCAUUUGAAAUUGCACAAAGUAUUCAUGUUUAAAGUAUGCAUGCCACAUCUCAGGCCCAGGUCUUCCUGGGAUGGUUUUCAGUGCGUAAAGACACCAUAUGAGAAUAAUAAUCAAAAUACAAUAAUACAAUCAGUGCAUUAGUCAAGUAGUAUGAAUUCCAUGCAGCAUAUAUUUACCAAGUCCUAAACCUGAAAGCUCUUUUGCCUGGCACUGAAAAUAAAGGCAGCUGAAGGGGAGCAGGGUUACAAUUUUGUUUUGAAGUGGCAGCAUUUUUCUUCUUGGUUUAAAGUCCAAAGAUCUAAGCCCCUAUCUUAAAUAUGCUGUACUUGCUUUUUUAAAUAAAAAGUUUAGUAUAUUUAUCUUUGCUUGUGAACAACACUAUAGUAACUAAAUCAUGGGGGAUACAAGAUUUUCCAUUCCUUGCACUGCAUCGCUAUGCUGGUUGUAUUUGCUGCUUUGGGCUGAGAAUGAUCAGGAGAAAACUCUGUUAAAAUCCUACUAGAUUGCUUCAUGCUAUACCUGUAUGAAUAAGAUUAACUCUAAAUUAGAUGUUAGAAAUCACUGAUUAGGGCCACCUAGUGGGAAAAAUAAUUAUAUCAGCUUUCAAAUUUCAAAUUCCAAUGUUUUAGUUAGAAAUGGUAAACAGUUUUAAUUAAAUUAAAUUAAGAAAGUUUUUGUUUUAAAAAAUGGAAGUGCAAUAGCAGACAGUAUUUACCAAAACAGCUGAAUGUUCUUCAUUUAUAUCUUCAAUGGAUACUUUACCCAUAACUGAAGUUAUAUUCAUAAUUGUACUGUUAGUAUUAUCUGUUGUAUUGAUCGUAAGGUUGGCCAAAUUCACUGUCUGUUAUGUUUUAUAUUUGAUAUUUGUACUAAAAUAUUAUUUUCUUCAAAGUGAUUCUUAUUGUAAUUCAGUCUGUUACUUAAAGAGGCCAUCUGUGAAAGUGCUCUAACCCAUUUAUUGAUAACGUUUUUACUUCAUGGAAAAAGAAAAUUAAUUAAAAUGCUAAUAUGGAAGCAUAAAAAAUAAUGAAUCCUGUGAAAACCCUUAAUCAUAUAUCUGUAUAAGUGGAGUCUGGAAAAGCAGUUGAUAAUAUGGUUGAUUAGCAAUCAAAAUAGUUUUUUUUAAUUUUCCAGAAACACUUUUGGAUAAUACAAGGAGGAAGGAAAAGAUAGAGUAUUCUGUGCAAAUAAUUCUUUGUUCAAUGGUGUGCAAAUGGAGCUUUGUUUAAAUACUAGGGUAAGAAAAAUUUGUGACACUAGAACAAAUGUAAUUUUGAAGAUGUCAGUUUUUAGAAUAAGACUUUUUAUAACAUCAACACUGUUAAAGUCAAAUCGAUGUGGGUUUCCAAAGUUAGUGAUUUAGGUUUUUACAUCAAAUUACCUACUAUUAAAUAUCAAAACCUAAUUAUAAUUUUUUUAAAAGCUAAAACUUAAAAAGUUUCUAAAAACUGUUACAUUCAAUGUAAGUACCUCAUUUUGA